AAACAUUUAACUGGAUGUUUACCAGCUGAUGAAUCAUUUCCAUAUGCUCCAAAGACAAACAAACAAACAAACAAACACCAGUCUGCUGUGGCGGACAUGUUUUCAGAGGUUGAGCAAUGAUUAUUGAACAUUUACCUCGGAAGUCGGAAUUUCUAACUCGGAUUUUUACGAGUUUCCGAGUGCCCUCGAACGCAGCAUAAGAGGCCGGAUAUCCGGUCAGUCAGAACCAGAGAGCGGCUCGGUCCGGAAGAGAUCUGCUCCUGCAGCUGGACAGGAGGAGGUCUGACGGUCUGGAGGUCUGGAGGUAUAAAGGUCUGGAGGAGAUCCUGCAGCAGGAGGAGUAAAGACUCCUGGUUCCUCCUGGAGCACCUCCUCCUGUCUCCUGUCUGAAGCUCCUCUCAGUCUCAGCCACCAACAGGUCAGGACCAGAGUUCCCAGAGUCUCCUGGUUCUCCUGGUCCUCCUGCUUCUCCUGGUCCUCCUGGUCCUCCUGGUUCUCCUGGUCCUCCUGGUCCUCCUGGUCCCCCUGGUUCCCCUGGUCCUCCUGGUCCUCCUGGUCCUCCUGGUUCUCCUGGUCCUCCUGGUCCUCCUGGUUGUCCUGGUGAUGGAGGGCCCGGCCUGGCUGGACUCGUCCCUGCGGCGCUCUGCCAGUCUGGGUCUGGAGGUCCUGCAGCGAGCCUCCAGACGCAGCGUGGACUGGACCAGCAGCGGAGCGUCCCAGACCCCCGAAGACCACCAGGACUACCAGACCCCCACCAGGACUGAUGAGGACUACCAGACCCCCAACAAGGGACCCCCCAGAGACCUGGACCAGGUGUUUGAGACCAUCGUGGUCUUCAUGACUCAGAUGUCGCUCCAGUGCCAGAGGUUCUAUGAGUCCGGCUCCUGCGGGGACCCUUCAGACUCUGAGAGGACCCACGUGUCCCGGUUCCACUCCAGCCGGACCACCGGAGGAGGGAAACCUGCUCGCUGCUCCAGGAACCACGCCGGCGUGUCGGCGGCAGCAGAAGAUUUCCACAUCGAGGUUUCUCCGGGGACGUACGCCGUCACGGCCAGCGCGUCGCCGUCGACGCAGCAGACUCAGCUGGUCAGCGUCACAGCGGGGCAGAGCGUCCAGCUGACCUUUGACCUCUGACCUUUGACCUCUGACCUCUGACCCCUCAGGCAGCUUCAAUAGUAAACCGACCAGAGCUCAAGAUGUCUGCUGCUGCUUUCAGAGUUUACUUUUUAUUUUACUACCAGGAUGUUUGAUUUGCUGCAGAUUGAAGCCAUAAUUUACAUAUAUAGAGAUUAUUUCCCACAACAUCAUUAAUGCUCUGAAUGUUUUUAUUUUAUAUAUAUAGAUUAUGUGUCCAGGUGGCUCCAUGAGACCAAAACAUUUAUACCAAAUGAAAGGGUUAUUUGUUUACAUUUUAUUUUUUAUUUAACAUUUGUGUAGAUCCAAAGCAAUUAGAAUUCAAUUGUAAAAAUGUGCAGCUUAUAUACGGCAUUGAAACAUUUUAAAAAAACGUUUUGGUUCAUCAUAGCUUACAGAAGUCUACAGCACAUUAACCUCUAAAAGGUUUUAACUUCUAGUCUAGUUUUAGUUUCUCUAGUCAGACUAGGUUUAGAUUCCAGAUCUCCUGAGAUAUUUGUCAAGUGUCCAGCCUCUCAUUUGCACUUUGGUUCCCACUGCUUUCUGACAAAAUCAUAUUAAUAAAUGAUCAUUAUAACCUGUUAGUACAGCUGGUAGGCUUUAAUGUUCAUAUUUUAUAUAUAUAUAUUAUGUCUCAGAACAUCAUUAAUGUUCAUAUUUUAUUGCACUUAAGCCGCAUCAGUGUAAAUGAAUAAAGUAUCUUUUUUAAUCA